AUGAAGAAUGAGUACGACCUCAAAGUGGUGCAUCUGAAGCUUUAUGAGAGCAUCCUCGCCAUCUAUGUGCAUUCCAUGAAAGUGAACUCCAAAGAAGAAGAGGCCCUUCUGAACAUGAAGCUCUCGUGCAGAGGUUCGAUCCGGCGUGCUAACAACAUCGUGGAAGUGGUCUUCAUGCUGCAGAACCUCUCGAACCGUUAUGGCAUGAGCGACUCAGCUGGCUUCGUGCGCCGGUGGUGGAACAACAUGUCUUCCAAGCAGUUCCAGAUCACUGGGAAGAGGGCUGUGGCCUUGAAGCAGCUACUGGAGGUGGCACCCAAGAAAGCCCUCGAUUCCAUCUUGGCUCACGUGGGGAACCUGGGCUGGCAGCAGUGCGCGUGGUCCGAGGAGGUGCUGUCCAACAAGAAGAUCUACCCAAAGUUCAACUUCCCUUGCAAAUCUAAGAAGUGGAUCCCACGAGUGAGGACCACUGACGAGAGCCUCUGCUUGAUGAUCGAGCGGGUCCAGAACCUACAUGAAGCUCAGAACCAGAUGCUGCGCAUGAAGAUGACCCCGCAUGUGGCAGAGAUGAUGGCUGAGAGCGCAGCUGCUGUGCUUGCCAUUGCGCAGGAGAUCAGCUUGACCGCGCCGAUUGACGAUGCGAAGCUUCAAUCAUCAUGGGUGCGAGCAUGGGCUGAGGGCUCGGACCACGUGCACACGGAGAUCCAGAUGGGGCUGAUGGAGAAGAGCGACAGCUUCGACCCGGCAGUACACCUAUCAACGAUGAAGCGCCUACUGGACGAGCACAUUUUCCAGGCCCCCCUGGCGCCUGCAGAAGAGGUCAAGCGGUCCCUCGACGUGGACGAAUUCAACCUGGACAUGAAAAAACUAGAGUACGAUACUACGGUGUUCGAAAACUGGGAGAAGAAGUGCGAUAAUGUUGUCGCUGCCCGCUACCAUGCAGAGCAGGAGCACAAGAUGAAGAUCAAGGGCCAAUGUAGGAAAGCAGCCGAGAAGUUCCUGAGUUCGUGCGUGAAGAUUUCAGUCCUGACGGGCAAGGUGGAGGAGUGCAUUGCAGACAUCAUUGCCUUCAAGCGCGACACGAUCCAGAAGAAGACUGGAAUCUCCAUGGACGGGCUGCCCACGCUUGUCAUGCUGAACUGGACCACCCCAUGCUCGUCUCACAAUGAGGAUUUCGACAAGCAGGCGAAGGUUCUCAACUGGAUCCUGCACGAGAAUAUCAAGAACGUCGCUUGUGUGCUUCUCCCGGUGUACUCGUACAACCGCGGGAAGCUGUACAUGGAGGAAGUGAAAGCAGUGAAGGCCAUUGGCGAUGCUGGGCACAACCCGGACAGCAGCUUCAGCCUGCUCUUCAAAGACCAAGUCGAUCCGAGGGACAGGCGGCCGAUGAGCUACCCUGGGAGGCUGGUGUUUCCAGCGGGGUGUUCAGAACUAAAGGACCACCCGUUCUUCACCUGCCAGCUGAGGGUCAUCGGGCGCACCAAGGAAGCGAACCAGAUUCCUGGCAAAAAGAUGAAGAUUAUCGAGGACCUCAGCGCGGAUGCUUUGCCUCCUAGUACUGACCACCGAGCCUCCUAUCUUCAUGGCCCCCCAAAGUUCUCCCAGUUCGGGCCCGAGGCGAGCAAGUGCCUCCUUGAGAGCCUCACAACUGGGGCAAACCUAGGAUCGCACAAGGCGUGUUUCAUUCUGGACCUCAAUAUCAAGUGCGGCGAAUUCCUGGAGUCCUUCAUCUCCCAGCGCAACGUCCUUUCCACCAGUUUCUUUUACAUGGGGAUUGCGGAGACGAUGCUGGAAUACACGUGGGUAAUCCAUUCGAUGCAGGAGCUCGCAGAAGAAAAAAUCAAGGACGGUUCCCUCGAGGUCCCAGGGCUCAAGAUGGACUCCAAACUCAACGACGACCUCCUGGAACCUUAUCCGGCUCUUCCAAAGAUGAAUAUGCUGGUGGUUAGCGGACCAGACAAGAACAAAUUGUUCAUCCCGGUCGAGGUGGUGAAGAAGUGGCAGAACCAUCCGCAGUUCGGGGGUCAGUUCAGCGAGUGGCUGGACAAGUUCACCAAGAAGCAUGGGGUCAUCGAGGACACGACCAAGGCACCUGGUGCUGGUGCUGGUGGUGCUGGAGUCCCCAAUCCCCUCAAGCGUGCAGCUGACGGUAACGAUGGGAUCCCCUCCCCAGCGAAGAAGCAGAAGGUUGCUGAUGUCUGCGUGGUGGACGCCUCCAGCAUCCCCCAUGCGCUCCUCUGGGAGGUAAAGGUCAACACAAGCGUCCAAGUCCAGCUUCAGAUCCGCGCUAACCACAACAUCUACCUCAUCAACAAGGAGUCCAAGGAUAUCAGCAUUGCAAUUCACACGAUGCUGGCGCAGUUCGGGAAGGGAAGCUUUAAGAUUCUCACACAAGAGGAGCUAGACAAGAAGAAACACCACCAGUGGGAGAUCAAGGACGAGAAGGAGCUGGUGGUGAUGAACAAUGUGGUGCAAACUGUGGGAGCAGCUAUGCAGGCUGUUGCCAAUGGGGUGCCGAAGCUCGCCUACCACAAGAUCACGAUCAACGACGCAGACCCGAAGUGCUUCACUGCUGAGCUCACUCACAAGAUUGCUUUCGUGGCUGCUGAAACUAGCUCAGAACAGGCUGCAGUCACCCCGGCCAACAUCGCAUCCAAGGAGCUCCCAAGUGUGUGGAUGAACGAGGGCACCAUAGUCAUGUGGAUGGUGCGCUGGAACUCGACCAAAGGAUUGAUGCCGAUCAAGCCUGCAGUCUACCUCAAGGGAAAUGUGACGCUGGGGGCGGGCAAGGCGUGCCACUGCUCAGCGGUGGCCACUGCUGCGUGA